UCAGCCACUUCACAAAACUGUUUGCAUACCAAUCUCCCCUCAACAUUGCGAGCCUGGCCAAACUGGGAUCGCAGAUCUAGGAGCGGUGGAUUUUAUUAGUUGGACGCUGCUGGGCAUAAUUCCUCUCCGUGGCUCAUCGACAUUUGUUCUUUUAUUUGACUACUUUCCUCCAGCAGUCCCAGGCUUCUCACAUCGGCUUUUUAGAAACAUUUUCCCAGGGUCUUGUCACAGAGAGAGGUUCCGACACUGAGCUGCGUUUUGAGCCCAUGAAAACAGGAGAGGAGGGAGAACCGAGAGAAGUCAUCAGAUUCACCUGAACGGAGGCACACGCAGAUACUCAUGGGGCAGGGAGAGGCUUCAGCGCGGGGGACAACCAUGGAGGGGGAUUGUCUGAGCUGCAUCAAGUACCUCAUGUUUGUCUUCAAUUUCCUCAUCUUUCUGGGGGGCUCUUUCCUCCUGGGAGUGGGAGUGUGGGUACUGGUGGACCCCACAGGGUUCAGAGAAAUUGUCGCAGCGAACCCCCUAUUAUUCACUGGUGUCUACAUCAUCCUGGGCAUGGGAGGCAUGCUGUUCCUCCUGGGCUUCCUCGGCUGCUGUGGAGCCAUCCGCGAAAACAAGUGUCUGCUCCUCUUUUUCUUCAUGCUCAUCCUCCUCAUCUUCCUAGCAGAGCUGGCUGCUGCCAUCCUGGCCUUCAUUUUCCGGGAGCAUCUGACCAGAGAGUACUUCACCAAGGAGCUGAAGAGACACUACCAGGGCUACAACAACACUGAUGUCUUCACCUCAACAUGGAACGCCGUCAUGAAUACAUUUGACUGCUGUGGGGUGAACAGCCCAGAGGAUUUUAAGGACAGUCUGUUCAGGAUGAUCAACCAAAAUCAUAUGGUGCCAGAAGCCUGCUGCCAGCGUGCCAGUCAGACCGGGGAGUUGGCCUAUAUCAACAAGGAGCAGUGCUUAUUGGGCAAUAUGAUGUUCCGCAAUAACAAGGGCUGUUACUCUGCAGUUGUUGACUACUUCGAACUGUACAUCUAUGUGGCUGGAGCGCUUGCCAUUGUGGUGCUGACCAUUGAGGUAUGA